AUGGGUGCCGCAUUAGCGUUCAGCAGUGACGACUGGGUCAGCAGUAGAGUUACAAUCAGCACGGGUGGCGUGAUGCAGCCCAGCACACGGCAGCAGUCUAUUGUUGACAGGAUAUUCUGGAUGAGCUGUUUUGGGGUAGGGCCACCUUCUGUCGAGAUCAAUGAGGAAGAAUUUAGGGUACUAAUCUUAAGUCAUGUUCUCUCGGAAGAAGGGGAAGCCAGAGGGGUGGGGAGAGGGGGCACGUGCCAGACUGUGCAGGAUCAGGUGUCACAGCGCCCGCCAGCUGACUGUAUCAACUACUACCCAAUCAUCUGUGAAACUGUCGCCGUCAUCUCCACCUGCAAACUGUUGUCAACACAUGAUACACCCCCUCCCCCUCCCCCUCCUACCACUGUAUUACUCAUCUCCUACCACGCGUGCUUGGGGAUAGUGGAACCCGGCAUCGACCUGUUGGCGUCCCUCCAGCUUCACAACACCAGCCGGCAGGGCGUCACCCUGGCUCCCGGGCCUCAACGUCUUCGGCCGGCCUUCUACUUGCAAGGAGACUACCGAGACCUACGGCUACCACCCAGUGUCUAUCAGCAAGCAGUGGCUCUGUUACGGAACAACCUGGAGUUCACAGUGGCCGCCUCUCUACGACAGGAGGAGUUCAACUCUGGCACCAUCGUUGCGUUCUCCCAUGGCUUUAAUCGGUACUUAGAGCUCCAGUCGAGUGGGCGCAAGGAUGAGGUGCGGUUGCACUACACAGGCCACGACGCGAUGGUGCACAUAGAAACCUUCCCUUACAGGCUAGCCGACAACAUCUGGCACAAGGUAGCAGUGAGCGUCAGUGGUGCCCAGGUACAGCUGAUGGUAGACUGUCACCCUCUCUACCGACGAUUGCUCAGUCGCACUCCGGACACCAACUUCACGCUGCCGCAACUCACCCUCUGGGUCGGCCAACGCAACAACAAACACUCUCUCUUCAAGGGUGCACUACAAGACGUAAGACUGAUCACUGGACCCCACGGCUAUCUGAACCAGUGCCCUCACCUCGACACCAGCUGUCCUACGUGUGGCCAGUUCACUGUACUACAAAACACUGUCGAAACUCUCACUAGGCACCUCCAGGAGCUCUCCCAAAGACUGAUAGCGGUAGAGAGCAAGAUCAGCAGGUUAGAAGAAUGCGAUUGUCAAAAAUCUUGUACAGUCAAUGGAUCCAUACAUGCAGACGGUGCAUCUUGGCAGCGCGAUUGUGAUAUUUGUUCGUGUGUUCAUGGGGAAGUGCAAUGCAGACCUGUUCAAUGUCCUCCUCUAAACUGUAAAAACCCUGUACUUAACCCUGGAGAAUGUUGUAAGAGUUGCCUUAAGCAAUGUUACCUGCGAGGAACGCUGUAUGACCACGGAGACUCGGUGAGCUUGAAGCAGUGUGUCGAGUGUGAGUGUCGUGACGGCUCCAUGCACUGUAAUCGCAUUGACCCCGAGACAAUGUGUCCCCCCCUCACGUGCCCCCCCAAUCAACAGUUCAGUGUACCUGAUGAAUGCUGUAAAUUUUGCCCAGGCGUUGACUACUGCAGCAAGGGACAUCAGUGCCAUACCAACGCUAGUUGCCUUAACCUUGAGACGACAUACGCCUGCCACUGCAAUGCUGGCUUCUCUGGAGAUGGACACACUUGUUUUGACAUAGACGAGUGUCAGAGCCAAGGGGGGCUGGAGGGGCAUCACUGUCAUUCAAAUACGAGGUGUGUCAACACACCCGGAGGCUACGAGUGCGAGUGCCUGCCCGGCCACCGCCGCCUUGAUCGCUUCAACUGUGUGGAAAUCGAUGAGUGCUCGACGGGCACUCACCAAUGCAACCCUCAUGCCACCUGCAGGAACACACAGGGCAGCUACCACUGUUUGUGUCAGGACGGAUACACAGGGGACGGAUACAAGUGUACACCGAUAUGCAGCCAGACCUGUCUGAACGGAGGGGAGUGUGUGAGGCCAGGCGAGUGUCAGUGCCGCAAGGGCUACGUGGGCAACAGUUGUGAGUCCGAUCUGGACGAGUGUACUGCUGGCCUCCACAACUGCCAACCUAGCGCUGUGUGCGUCAACAUGCCUGGUUGGUACUACUGCCGCUGCAAGCCAGGCUACCGCAGCACCAUCCUGCCUGACAACACGCUUGCCACUACAUGCACAGAUCUGGAUGAGUGCAGCAACGGCAGCCACAGCUGUCACCCGAGUGCUCUGUGUGUCAACGUGGAGGGAGGGUUCCAGUGUACUUGUAGUCACAAGCCUCUCAGUGAGAACCCAGGACCUGAGGACGAGUGUAAACUAAGUUGUAUGCUGGAGGGAAAUGAAAUCGAGAAUGGUAUGAUGGUAACUCCACACAGUGCGCCGUGCAAGCGGUGUACAUGCGAGAACGGUGUGUUGAGCUGCAGUGAGCCGCGCUGUGACUGCUCGGUGCCCGGCAGUGAGAGGAACCGGUGCUGUCCACAGUGCGACCCACGAGCUGCGUGCAAACACCAGGAGCUGCGGCACGUUGUCUUCCGCAGCGGCGAGCGCUGGAUAUACCAGUGUCAGACUUGUGAAUGCCUUUUCGGGGAGGUGGACUGCUGGCCAAUGGAAUGCCCACCUACCAGCUGUGCAGAUCCACUCCUGGCACCUGGAGACUGCUGCCCUAGAUGUCACAAUGACCCCUGUGCCCUUGAACCAUCCAACACUACUGUCACGUCUGGCCAGCCCUGCACCUAUGCCGGUCGCCUCUAUGAUUCCGGCAGCCACUGGAACGAUCCUUACGACAAGUGCACAGCGUGUAAUUGUAAGGUGCCGUACUGCGACACUUUGGACGGCAAGCUUUGCUGCACUUUUGAUGUCCGCUGCUCUGCUCCUGGUGAGUCAUCACGAGGAGUUGACGCCUCGGAGGCGUCCGAGUCACCGCAAACAUUGCUUCACUCGACUGUUAGUGGCAGUGCUAGUAGUAGGGUUAGUGGCAGUGCUAGUAGUAGUGUUAGUGACGCUAAUCCUGCCAGUGCCGAUAACACCCAACGCUGACAUAGUUCCUUAUAUGUAUUUUCGUGCGUUUUUAUUGGAUGAUUUACAGGAUUUCUAUAUAUUUUUGUCCGCAUUGUGAAAUACGCUUUGCAUUACCUUGCGAGAAUGGAGGCCUUGAAAACUACUUCGUUUUAAUGUUCAUUUGUGUGUGUUUCUGGGUUUUGCCAGAAAUCGAUGUAUAACGUUACCCGACAAGCGAAGCUGUCAAAGCAUUUUUAUUUUAGUGAAUUUGUGAAUACUAUUAGAUAUAAUGAUUUAAAAGUACCUUAGCUCUGAGCCAGGCGGAGCUUUACCUGUGUACGUACUUAGAUCUUAGCUUAAGGUUUGACUACUCUUGCCUACAUCUGGUACCAGUUUUGUAUUAUGUUUUCGUACUAUUACUUUGUAUACUUUAUAAAAGUAUAUUGUAUAAAUACAAAUAAUUUUUAUAUAAAGUAAUAAUAAACUUGUACAAUUUAGUAUUUUUGUUUGUAACAUUAACAAUAUUUAUAGAUAUAUGUGUUGUACAGC